AUGGGCUACUCUCUCAAAAUUCGGACCUUAAUUCAGAUUGUGAAAAGGAACUGGCUGUUGUUGGUGGGGUUGGUUGCUCUUACCCAUUUGCUCUGUCAGUCUUUGCUGCUUACCGAGUCACCCAAGCACUCUCCUCCUCUUAAGACCUUGACUGUUGACAGCCAUCAUGAGGAUAGUGCCUCAAGUCUCCAUAAUGAAUCUCUAUCCGUGAGGCGAGUGAAGAGCGCAAGAAUUCACGACAUGGAUGCUGAGGAUAACGAGGGAUUCAUGAAAAUUGACAAGGAAGAAAAAACGGAUUCUGAUUUGGAUGCCGAUGGCAUUGAUGAUGAUAUUAAUUUUGUUGAAGAUGAAACCAAUGUCAAUGUGGACGUGGGGGAGGAUUAUAUGAUUAAGCCAAGCGAUAGGGAGCAUGAUCAUCAUGGUUCUUUGCAAGUUGGGAAAAAUGUAUCAAGCCGGAGAUUUUUUAUGGGUCAACUCGCGAUGGGGAAUUCAGGUGCUGCCUUAGAUUCAGAAAGUAGUAAGAUUUCGUACAAAGAUGUCGUCAGCCAUUCUGUUUCUUUAUCGCCUUUGGUUGUCUCACCGGCUAAGCCUUUGUUGACUGAAUCCGUGGUUCAGAAAAAAUCAGAAUCUGUAAUUAGCCUAUCACUGUCCAACAAGAUAGUUAAGAAGAAGAUGAGAUGUGAUAUGCCGCCUAAAACUGUUACAUCAGUAGAAGAGAUGGAAAAGUUAUUAGUCCGGCACCGAGCUCGGUCACGUGCAAUGAGACCGAGAUGGUCAUCAGAGCGUGAUCAGGAAAUCCUAUCUGCAAAACAAAAGAUUGAAAAUGCCCCGGUUUUGAAGAGUGACCGGGAACUAUAUGCUCCUCUAUUUCGAAAUGUUUCCAUGUUCAAAAGGAGCUAUGAACUCAUGGAACGCGUGCUGAAGAUAUAUGUAUACAAGGAAGGUGAUAAGCCUAUCUUCCAUCAGCCAAUACUCAAAGGAUUAUAUGCAUCCGAAGGAUGGUUCAUGAAACUAAUGGAGGGGAAUAAAAAUUUUAUUGUUAAAGAUCCAAGGAAGGCUCAUCUGUUUUACAUGCCAUUCAGUUCACGAAUGCUGGAAUACACACUAUAUGUACGUAAUUCCCAUAACCGGACAAACCUACGGCAAUAUUUGAAGGAUUAUUCAGAAAAGAUUGCAGCAAAAUACCGAUUUUGGAACAGAACUGGCGGAGCAGAUCAUUUUCUUGUUGCCUGCCAUGACUGGGCUCCGUACGAGACACGUCACCACAUGGAACACUGCAUCAAAGCCCUCUGCAAUGCUGAUGUCACCACAGGCUUUAAAAUCGGGAGGGAUGUCUCCCUUCCAGAAACGUAUGUCCGUUCAGCUCGAAAUCCUCUAAGAGAUCUCGGGGGAAAGCCACCUUCACAGAGGCAAACACUCGCCUUUUACGCAGGAAGCAUGCACGGCUAUCUCCGCCCAAUCUUGCUCGAGCUCUGGGCGAACAAGGAGCCAGAUAUGAAAAUACUGGGCCGAAUGCCACCUGGCGUUGCCAGCAAGAUGAACUACAUACAGCUUAUGAAAAGCAGCAGGUACUGCAUCUGCCCAAAGGGAUAUGAAGUCAACAGUCCGAGAAUAGUCGAGGCUAUAUUUUACGAGUGUGUUCCAGUUAUAAUUUCUGAUAACUUCGUGCUCCCGUUCUUUGAGGUGAUGAAUUGGGAUGCGUUCUCGGUGAUUAUUGCCGAGAAAGACAUCCCGAAUUUGAAAACCAUACUUUCCUCGAUAUCUGAGAAGAAGUACCUCGACAUGCAGCUGAAUGUCCGGAAAGUCCAACGACAUUUUCUGUGGCACCCAAGGCCCAUGAAGUAUGACCUCUUCCACAUGACCCUUCACUCAAUCUGGUACAAUCGUGUUUUUCAGAUCAAACCAAGGUGA